AUGAAUGACUACAUCACCCGUAAGACUGAGGCCUACAUGCGUGCUAGCCAAGCCUUGAAGCGAGUGCAACCCCACUACGAACAAGACCGACAACCACCUGCAAGACCUGAUCACCAACGUCGAGCUAGCAGUGACUACAGCAGCUGGGGAUGGCCAAGGCAGUGGACUCCCGCGACGCAGGAGGAUGGUGAGGCACCAGAAGCAGAUGCACCAGAUGGAGGCGACACCGAGGCUUCCACCCGUGACGCUACCAAUGCCGACGAAGAGGACCAGUGGCGCUACUGGCGACCCUAUGGAGGAUUGACAGCCCGGAACACCUGGGAAGGAUGGUCAUGGGGCUACGAGUGGCCUCGGUCGUGGGACAACCACGACUGGAGCAGUGGCUACGAGAGCUCCCGCGCAUCUACAACCAGCAGCUCAGCCUCAACGGAGCUGCUUCCCCAGUUUAUCCAAGGGUGGUACCUCCUCGCGGAUGCGAACUUGGAUGCCGGCGAGCGCAACAUCGUCAUGACGGCGUUGGGCGGGAACUUCGAGCCUCAGCGAGUGGCACAGGAACUCCGGAAUCAGUUUUCGGAAUCUGAUGUGAAAAAGCGGGACAGCCAACGGCGAUACCAGAGCUACAUCGGAGAGUACCUGGAGAAUGACGAGGAUGACACCGAGAUCUACGAGACCGGGAACCACGACUACGGUGCGGAGGGCCUGUCUGAUGAAGGACAUGCCUUGGUAGUGGAUGCUGAGGAGGCUGCCCAGGAGGCCAUGUCGGCGAUGGUCAAUGCAAGGCGGACCUUACGAGAAGCACGACAACGACAGCAUGCCGCGAAACAGAACCGGAAGUACUACCAAGGCAAUGGAAACAGUGGCCGUGGAUCCUCGUCCUCUACUACAACACCGCCGAAGCCACGGGAUGACUCAGGCAUAGAGUGCCUCCGUUGCGGCCAGCGUGGACAUCGUGUGGCCAACUGCCCACACAAGCCUUUGAGUGAGCAAAAGGGACAAGCACAUCUUACCGAAGAGAACCCACGGGAGCCGCAACAGGCACCCUUCGUGUGCUACACCGACGUCCAUGCCGGUUUUGCCACAGACCACGACGAGCACUACGCCAUGACCGCCGCGCCCGAGGAUGAUGGAUUGACAACAGCCGAGGCUGUUCGCCAAGGAAUGGCCGUCAUCGAUGGCGGGGCAGUGAUGCGACAGAACAGAGCAAAGUAUGGCCAUAGCGGUCUACGGGGCGUGGACUACAAAGACCCCCCCGUGUUUUCCUUCGGCAACUCCACGGAGAACCGGUGCCUGAGCACGGCACGGUUGAUCACCGCCAACGGCACAGCAGGAGAGAUGAGGAUUCAUACGUUGGAAGACGGGGAGAGCCCCAUCCUCAUGAGCAUCGAGACCCUACGGCGAGUGGGGGCCAUCAUCGACUUCGUGAGCGACCUGGCCGUGUUCAGAAACUUAGACCCUGGUCGUAUCGUGAGGCUUGCCUUUGGCAAGUCGGGGCACCAACUUUUGCCUUUGUCAGAAGAUCUGUUGGGCAAUUCAGUUCCAGCCCAGCAGUCUGUGCCGAGCUUGGUCAACAUGGACAAGAUGACCUGCCCUCAGAUGGUACUCAGCCUUCGAGCCUACGGCGAGGAGCCACCAAAAGGGUGGAAGAAGGUCCAGCUCCUCCAGCGUUUGAAGGAGUUGGAAGAGCAAGGCGAGAUCGCCGCACCGACUACGGCGAAGACGAAAACACCCUUGGAGUUGGCGGUGGCCGACUUGAACCGAGCGGGGGCCAAGAAGAGCUACCUCCAGAAGUAUGUGAUGGAGGAGUGCGGCAUCAAGAUCAACGGGAACGAGACGAUGCACAUCCUCACCCAGCGCGCCAUGUCACACCUACUGGCCACCGUGGAACCGGUGGGAGAGGAACCAAUGGGUUUCGGCAAGUACGCGAACCAGUCCUUCCAGACGGUAGCGAACAACGAUCCCCAGUAUUGCUCGUGGGCUCUGACUACAGCAGCCGAGGGCCAGUGUUCCCAGUACCUGACAAGGUUUGCCACCUGGAUGAAGAUGGAAAAGGAGAAGAAGAAGGUGGCACCCAAGGCCAGAGCCAAGGUGGACCUCAGCCAGAUGAUGACAAAGAACAAGAUGGGCGGCUACACCACGACCGGCACGGAGGACCCCAAGCCCGGCACGAUGAAGAAAGAGGUCAGCAUGGCAACGCCGACCGAGGGAAGAUCCCCAAGGACUUCAGGGGCGGCAGCCUCCCAGGCGACCAUCGAGCAGCUCGCCAUGGCGGUGCAGACUUUGGCCAACGAGGUGAAGACGCUGAAGGAGGAGAAGGGCGAGAAACCUCGGAAGAUCCAUGCGAAACCGGACCAGGACAUGAACUACGAGGAGGACGGGCUAUGA